UUGACAUAUUAAUUUUACUUUAAAAUCAAAAUGAAGAAAAUGCAAUCUUUAAAACUAAUAAUUUUCCUAAUAAUGGUUAAAAGAAUAGCUUCAAGAACAAAAUAUGAAGAAAGAGCUGUUUUCGAAGAAAGCGCCAUUUUUGAACGGGCUGCCAGCAAGCUCUACGCAGACACUGAUUAUUUCGAAGAAGAAUGCAACAGAGAAAUGUGUGAGUGUCUAUACAAUGUAAGUGCUGAUAAACAUUCCCUGCAAAAUACUUCAAUCUCCCACGCUGAAGCCGAUGCUCAAUUAAAAGCAUAUUGCGCUCACCAUCCGAAGAAUUUACCAUGCAAAACACGCUGUCGUCGACGCACAACCUGUGGAAACAUCGACAGUCCCUACAAAUCAAUUUCAGAUAAAGCACGUCAUUGCAUUCGCACGUGGAUAAACACAAUGCGCAGCGUAAUAGCAACUGGAUCAUUUCGUGAUAUUUUUCAUACUGCUGCAAACAUGCGUGUUAUCAACUACGAUUUGGAAUGUGAAUUCUUCGCCGGGUGCUAUCUCAAAGGAUGUUUCAAUCAAGAUGUGUAUCCGAAAAUUGCGCUUGAUGGCACGCAUCUCGGCGCGACUGGUUAUGGCUACAUUAGUUUCAAUAUGACCGUGAAUCGUAUUUCAAUCUCCGAGAUGGUUACUGCGUUCAUGUUAUGGACGUUCAAUGGCUAUGGAUCUACUCUUGAGUAUCCGUAUAUUAACCCGAACUAUCACGACUUCUUGGUGCGUGAUAAAAUGCCGCAGUUUUCGAAUGAUUUCUUGCAAAUGUACGCGGCGAAUACAUCGCACAUUGGAUGUGCGUUGUAUAAUCGGAAUUUGUCUAGUCAUUUGAUUUUCUAUCAGUUUUAUUGUGUUUAUCGGCAAGCUGUGUCUUUUGCGAAAAAUUUUACGUUGUAUAAAGUAGGUCCGCCUGCUUCUGCAUGCAAUGAGUGGGGUGAAAGGGAAUCUACGAUACAUUCUGGUUUGUGCGGGAAAGUUAGACUAUUAUCGGAGGAUCCGUUUAGACCGUUUGUUGAUUUAAAUUCUUCAUCGAGUGUUACUUUUACUUUGGAGUUGUUUUUGGGGUUAUGUUUUGUUUUCUUGGUUGCAUAAAAUAUACAUAACCUGUUUUUGUGAGUUACAGAUAGAAAUAACCUUAUUUUUAAUCUAGUUAUUUGUGUGAAGGAGUAAUCUUGAUUAAUUGCAAUGGAUAGGGGCAUUUGGUGGCAACAGAAUAAAAAGUGGUGAAAAACUCUGAUUUUUUCAUUUGUAUCAUUUAUUAGCUCAAGAAUUAUUGAAUGUUAAAUGGUCUGAGCACAUAAAAUGAUUGAGAAAGCAGUUUUAAGUCAGAUUUCUAAACAGUAAGGUAACAGUUUAAACUUUUAUGAUAUUUUGAUGAUAAAAUGAAUAUGGACAUGGACAUAUGAAUCCGCAUGCGCGAAAUAUGAAGCUACAAACGUAAAAUCGAACGAAUAAAUGCAAACUGUCAAUAUACACGCAAUCCUUACACAAAUCAAGCCAUCGUGAUGAAUUAAAAAUAAUAUUUACUGACAUUUUGUGUCAUGAUACAUCAAUUACAAGCAACAAAAUCAAAAUGAAGAAAAACACAAUCUGAAACUAUUCCUCUUGCUUCUAAUGAUUGAAAAAUAGCAUCACAAAGAAAAUCUACAGAAAGAGCAAAUUUUGAACAAGCUAUUAAGAAGCUCUCUGCCGAAUCAUCCCCGGAUUACAUCCAAGAUUAUUGCGAUGGCCCACAAUGUCUAUACGAGCACAGUCAUGAUAAACAUACACUAAAAAUAUUACAAUCUCUCCCUCGGAAGCCGCAGCACAAUUACAAGCAUACUGCGCUCGCCAUCACAAAAAUUUACCAUGCAAAACACGCUGUCGGCGACGCGAAACCUGUGGAAACAUCGACAGUCCCUACAAAUCACUUUCAGAUGCAGCUCGCUUUAUCAUUCGUGAUAAUAUCAACUUGUUACGCGAUAUAAUAUCAUCUGGAGCACAUCGUGACCACUUUCCUACUGCUGCAAACAUGCGUGUCAUCAACUACGAUCUGGAAUGUGAAUUCUUCGCUGGGUGCUAUCUCAAAGGCUGUUUCAAUCAAGAUGUGUAUCCGAAAAUCGCGCUAGAUGGCACGCAUCUAGGCGCGACUGGUUAUGGUUAUGUUAGUUUCAAUAUGACCGUGAACCGUAUUGAUAUACCCCAGAUGAUUAUGGCUUUCACGGCGUGGACGUACAAUGCAUACGGAGCAAGCAGGAAAUAUCCGUAUAACAAUCCUAAUUUCUACGAUUUUUGCUGCAUGAUAAAAUACCGAAUUAUUCGAAUGAUUUCUUGCAAAUGUAUGCAGCCAAUACAACACACAUUGGAUGCGCAUUGUACAA